AUGACUGAGGUUCUGUCUGCAGGCGGAGCCUUGCACACCCUGGCCACUGAGGAACACCCAAUGGGAGCGGAUGGGAUGUACGACAAACUGCGGAUGUUGAACGUACAACCAGGGAGCUGGGGAGGACGGUCAGGCUGGUACCAGGGUAGCUCAGUGGGAGGACAGGCCAGUGCAGACAGCUGCCAGCAGCUGGAGGUCAGAGGUGAAAGUGGCAGCGGAAUCAGUGUGAACGGAGAAGAUUCUGAUGAGUCCCAGAUCCGACUCCAGCUUAAGAGGAAACUCCAGCGAAACCGCACUUCCUUCACACAGGAUCAGAUCGAGGCUUUGGAGAAAGAAUUUGAACGCACCCACUACCCAGAUGUCUUUGCCAGAGAAAGGUUAGCGGCCAAAAUCGACUUGCCUGAAGCCAGAAUACAGGUGUGGUUUUCGAAUCGACGUGCCAAGUGGAGGAGGGAAGAGAAGCUUCGCAACCAACGGAGGCAGGCGUGCAAUGGCCCGAGCCACGUCCCCAUCAACAGCAGCUUCUCGCCGUCGCUGUACCAGUCCAUCCCACAGCCCACCACCUCAGGUCCAAUGAUGAGCAGAAAUGAAGCCUCUCUGACCAACAGUUACAGCGGGCUUCCCCCAAUGCCAUCCUUUGCCAUGGCAAACAAUCUCCCCCUCCAGCCUGUCCAGCCAGUUCCAAGUCAAACCUCAUCCUACUCCUGCAUGAUUCCAGCCAGCCCUUCUGUCACUGUGCGGAGCUAUGACACGUACACUCCACCCCACAUGCAGCCGCACCUGAACUCACAGCCCCUGGCUACCACAGGAGCCUCCUCUACAGGACUCAUCUCCCCUGGAGUGUCGGUACCUGUUCAGGUUCCUGGUGGUGACCAAGAGAUGGCUCAAUAUUGGCCCAGGCUGCAGUAAGGAGGGGGCGGAGGGAGAGAUGGGACGUAAAGACAAAUUUGAGUUGACCCCAGACUCUGUCUGCAGUGUCUCAGAGG